GAAAGCGAUAAACCUUUCUUCAGAUAUUUCUCCUUCUUUUCAGUUUCUUACAUGGUAUCAGAGCUAUAAGCUCUUGGUUCUUUUCUCUUAUCAUCGAUGUUGGGUUUUUUGGAGUUGGAUUUUCAAUUCCAUUUCAGAUCUGAAACCUUGUCAUUGGGAUCUCUUCUCAUACAGAUUGGAUUGUUUAUCCUCGAUUCUCAAACCUUUUCUUAGGUAUUUUAUUGGUUUGUUAUUUCGAUCUUGACAUCUAUUUCUCCAUAUUUUUAGAGUUUUUCAGUAUUAUGAGUUUAUUGAUUCUAUGACGAGUUUUGAAAGGAUUGUAACUCAUCCUGCUACUGCUACGGUUGCCAAAGAAGUGAUAGAACAGCUUAAUGUCAACCUUGAAUCCCUAAAACAGGUGAUAUUAAAUCUUUUUAAUGCUCCUACUGCCUUAUCUACUGUUCCGGGUACCAAACCUUGGUAUUUCGAUUCUGGUUGUUGUAACCAUAUGUCUUCAAUUACUACUCAUUUCUCUUCAAUGUCACCUAAUAAUUCCUUUCCUGAUAUUUAUUCUGCUGAUGGUUCCCCUAUGAAUGUUAGUCACAUUGGUAAUGUUUCUACAAAGUCAUUGACUUUACCAAAUGCCCUUUUAGUUCCAAAACUUAGUUAUAAUCUUCUAUCAGUCGGUCAAUUAUGCAAUCUUGGUCUUGAAGUAACAUUUUCUGCUCAUGGUUGUCGUGUGCAGGACCCACAGACAGGACAACUUCUUGGAACUGGUCGCAAGGGUACACUGCCACAACAAUCUUGUCCUUAUACUUCUGAACAAAAUGGGCGAGCCAAACGCAAACACAGAAACAUCCUUGAUUCUGUUCGUGCUCUGCUCAUUUCAUCCUCUUGUCCAGAGCAAUUUUGGGGUGAGGCUGCUCUUACAGCUGCUUAUCUUAUUAAUCGCAUUCCAUCAUCAAUCCUUAAUAACCAGUCUCCAUAUGAGCGUCUACAUGUGUCAUCCUCUCAUCAACCUCCAUUUUUUACUAAUCCUUCUAUUGAGCUAUUUCCUAGUGAUUCUAAUGCAAGUACAUCUAAUGAGCUCUACAAUGCCCCACCACAUGCUCCAACCAGUUCUGUAGAAGAUGAUCUGCCUGCUGGUAAUGCAUUAGAUAAUUUUGAGCCUUCUUCUACUUCCUCGUCUACAAAUGAGCAUGUUGUCCCAUCCUCGAGUCAUCCUACUCGGGCCUCUUCUAACCCUCUUUGGCAACAAGCUAUGCAAGAUGAAUUACAAGCUCUUGAGAACACUCCUACAUGGGAUUUAGUUGAUCUCCAUGUUGAAAAAUCUCUAAUAGGCUGUAAAUGGGUGUACAAGAUCAAAACGCGAUCUGAUGGUUCUAUGGAGCGUUAUAAGGCACGCUUGGUUGCCAAGGGUUUUACACAAGAGUAUGGAAUCGACUAUGAAGAGACAUUUGCUCCAGUUGCUCGUCUUACAUCUGUGCGCAGUUUGCUUGCUAUCGCUGCUAUACGGAGAUGGAAAUUGUUUCAGAUGGAUGUGAAAAAUGCUUUUCUUAAUGGUGACCUAGAAGAAGAAGUUUAUAUGAAACCACCUGCUGGGCUCCACCAUCCUCCAAACAAGACUGCUUGGGGUAUGGUUCUUUUACUUCUUUAUGUUGAUGACAUGAUUAUUACUGGAGAUGAUGUCGUAGGUGUUGAGGAGUUAAAACAAUCUCUCAGUCAGAAAUUUGAGAUGAAAGAUCUUGGUGUUCUUAGCUACUUUUUGGGGCUUGAAGUGACCUCUUCAAAUGAUGGCUACCUGCUUUCUCAAGUAAAGUAUGCCUCCGAUCUUGUUUCUAAAGCUGAACUCAAUGAUGGAAAAAGUGUUUCUACACCUCUUGAACCUAAUGUCAAGCUUACACCUAUGGAUGGCUCUCCACUUUCUGAUCUUACUCGCAAUCGGCAAUUGGUUGGUAGUCUAGUUUAUCUUACUACGACACGCCCUAAUAUAGCAUAUGCAGUUCACAUUGUUAGUCAAUUUAUGGCUACUCCUCGCUCCACUCAUUAUGCAACAGUACUUCGCAUUAUUCGCUAUGUUAAAGGAACAUUAUUUCAUGGACUCCAUUUUUCUGCCAACUCCUCCCCUGUGCUUUGCACUUACUUUGAUGCUGAUUGGGCCGGUGAUCCUUUUGAUCGUAGAUCUACCACCGGUUACUGUCUUUUCCUUGGUAAUUCUCUCAUCUCUUGGCAGAGUAAGAAACAAGCUAUUCCAUCUCGCUCUAGUACUGAAGCUGAGUAUAGAGCUCUCGGGGAUACCACAUCAGAACUUCUUUCAUUGCGGUGGCUUCUUGAAGAUAUGGGCAUUCAUUAACCUUCCUCUACUGAUUUAUAUUGUGAUAAUCAAAGUGCUAUGCAAAU